AUGAAGUGCCCCAUCUGCCACGACCUCGUCGACCGCCCCGUCACCGUGCGACCUCCCUCCACCCUUCCCUCCCCGUCACCGUGCGACCUCCCUCCACCCUUCCCUCCCCGUCACCGUGCGACCUCCCUCCACCCUUCCCUCCCCGUCACCGUGCGACCUCCCUCCACCCUUCCCUUCCCGUCACCGUGCGACCUCCCUCCACCCUUCCCUCCCCGUCACCGUGCGACCUCCCUCCACCCUUCCCUCCCCGUCACCGUGCGACCUCCCUCCACCCUUCCCUCCCCGUCACCGUGCGACCUCCCUCCACCCUUCCCUCCCCGUCACCGUGCGACCUCCCUCCACCCUUCCCUCCCCGUCACCGUGCGACCUCCCUCCACCCUUCCCUCCCCGUCACCGUGCGACCUCCCUCCACCCUUCCCUCCCCGUCACCGUGCGACCUCCCUCCACCCUUCCCUCCCCGUCACCGUGCGACCCUCCUCAUUGCCCUCGUGCUUCCAUAGCUGCGCUCGUCACUCAUUCCCCCCGCCGCCCGCCUCUCUUCAUCCCUUUUCCCCCCGUUCGUCCAUUCUCUCCUCAUGCCCCCUCAACUCCCCUUUCCCCCAUCUUUCUCCCCCCAAUGCCCGCCAGACCCCCUGCGGCCACAACUUCUGCCUCGUGUGUUUCCGCAAGUGGCUGGCGCAGGGUAAGCGCAGCUGCGCCAAGUGCCGCCGCGCGGUGCCGCCCGACAUGAUGAAGCAGCCGCGCAUCAACCCCGUCAUCGUCGCCGCCAUCCGCCACGCCAAGGCCGCCGCCGCCCGCGCGGCCGCCGGCGGGCUGUCCACGUCAGCACCAGCGAAGCCGUACGAGCCAAUCUGCAACGAGAAGCGGCCCGAUCAGGCGUUCACCACGGAUCGCGCCGUGCGGAAGGGGCUCUCUAACGCCGCCUCGGGCCGCAUAUUUGUGACUAUAGCGGGGGAUUUUUUCGGGCCAAUCACGGCGGAGUACGAUCCGGAGAGGGGGACGGGCGUGGAGGUGGGCGAGACGUGGGCGAGUCGGCUGGAGUGCCGGCAGUGGGGCGCGCACCUGCCGCACGUGGCAGGCAUCGCGGGGCAGUCCCACCAUGGCGCGCAGUCAGUGGCGCUGUCGGGGGGUUAUGAGGAUGACGAGGACAACGGCGAGUGGUUCCUCUACACUGGCAGUGGGGGGCGGGAUCUGAGCGGCAACAAGCGCACCAACAAGGUGCACGCGUUCGACCAGCGCUUUGAGAAGAGCAACCAGGCGCUCAGGCUCAGCUGCCUCAAGGGCUACCCCGUGCGCGUCGUCAGGUCGGAGAAGGAGCGGCGGUCCAGCUAUGCACCCCAGGCAGGCGUGCGGUACGACGGCGUCUACCGCAUCGAGCGCUGCUGGCGCAAGAAGAGUAAAGUGGUGAGGAAAGGGGGAAGGGAGGGAGAGGGGAGGGGGAAGGGAGGGAGAGGGGAGGGGGAAGGGAGGGAGAGGGGAGGGGGAAGGGAAGAGAGUCGUGGUCCGUACCCCUCUACCGCCCAUACCAGGUCCGUACCCCUCUCCUCAGCCCAUACCAGCCCGGGGAGGAAGCUGCCGCAGGUGGCGGAGUUGAAGCAGGCAGUGGACGUCACAGAGCGCACCGGCCCGCCCGCCUGGGACUGGAUUGAGGAGAAGCAGCAGUGGGGGUGGGUGCGCGCGCCCCCAGCAUGCACCAAGCCCAUCGGUGGCACCAGCACAGCAUGGCGCUCCGCCAAGCGCCUCGCGGUGGGCAGCACGGGCGAGGCCGUGAAGAAGCGGAGGGCGCUGGCGCAGAAGAGACUCGCCAAAGACUUCGCGUGUCUGCUGUGUGGGGGAGUGCUGCGUGACCCGGUGUCCACGCCCUGCCAGCACAGCUUCUGCCUCGCGUGCCUGCAGCAGCGCUUCCACGGGCAGGCCGACACACGCGACCGCUCCAAGACCGCGGGGCGGUCGUUGCGAGCACAGAAGAUCGUCAAACAGUGCCCCGCCACGCGCUGCACCGCUGACAUUGCAGACGUGCUGUCCCGGCUGCAGCACUGCCCCGCUGCUCACUGCCCCGCUGCUCACUGCCCCGCUGCUCACUGCCCCGCUGCUCACUGCCCCGCUGCUCACUGCCCCGCUGCUCACUGCCCCGCUGCUCACUGCCCCGCUGCUCACUGCCCCGCUGCUCACUGCCCCGCUGCUCACUGCCCCGCUGCUCACUGCCCCGCUGCUCACUGCCCUGCUGCUCACUGCCCCGCUGCCAUUCUGACGUGCUCACCUGCUUCCAGCAUCGCUCCUCUGCUCAAACAACCCAGCUCUGUCCUCUCCGUGAAUUCUCUCUGUUGCACUGUCGCAAUCUCAUGCCCUCUCCCACACGCUCCCUCUUGCAAUCGCCGCAUUCUUCUCACAUUCCCCCCUUGGACCCCUGCCUGGCGGCAGGUGAACCACGACAUGGCGGAUUUGAUCGCCAUGCUGCUCGCAGAGACGAAUGCACCAGAUGCAGAGGAGGGGGAGGACGCAGGGGAGGGCGGUGAGGAGGAUGGGGAGGAGGGAGCAGAGGGAGAGGAGGAUGAAGCGGAUGAGAACAACGCGGAGGAUGAGGAGAAGGACAGCAAAGGGCAGGCCGAAGGGAAGGAGCGUGAAGGAAACAUCGAAGGUGCAGGAGAGGAGGGGGUGAAGGAAGAGGGGCGGAGCAAGGGAGUGCAAGCGUUGGAUGCGAUUGGUGCUGCGGGGAGCACAGGAGGAGCGGGUGAGGGGAAGGGCAAGGGCGCGCAGGCAGAGGUGGACGGGGGAAGGGAAGGUGGAGUGGAUGGCAGUAAGACUGGGGGAGUGGUAGGUGCGUUGAGUCCCACUUCAGGUGGCGUUGCUGGUGUGACCACAGCAUCGGCACCGGCGGAUGCAGCAGCACAGGGCGCAGCAGCAAAGGGGAUGGCAGCAGUGGGCACGGCAGUGGAAAGGGCAGAAACAGAGCGGGCGGCAGCAGGAAAGGCGUCAGCAGCAGCGGCACUGGUGGCGUGCAGCUCGCUGGCAGGCGUCCCUGAGGGGUUGCAGGAAGUGAUGCGGGCCCACCCUGACUUGGACCAGGCAACGCUGCGAGACAUGCUGGCGGGAGAGGCGGGCGGCGACGUGGAGGAGCUGCGCGGCAUGCUGAGGCGCAUGCGCUGCCACCAGCAGCAGGGGGACGGUGCCGCCUAA